UACGAUUUGGAAACGACGGAUCAAAUCGAGGCUGAGCUCGGUAACAUCGCUCAUAAAGACUGCGGGCGCUUGCCGGACCACACCUUUGAGGAUUGUAAUGAGACGGAGCGGCAUCCAUGGCUCUAUAAUCGACCGCACAAUUAUGCUGAUUUUGCGGUGGACGAGAACGGUUUGUGGGUGAUCUACAUGCGACCGGAAAGCGACGCUCUGUUUGUGAGCAAAAUUGAACCGGACUUUUACAUCGUGGACACAUGGGAGGUGGCGGAUGUGAAUGCGACACAGCUGGCCGACGCAUUCAUCAUGUGUGGAGUACUGUACGGACUGGAGAAUGCGACCACCAGGGAUUCACGAAUCAGUUUCGCUUACGAUCUGUUCAGAAACGAGACGAUCCCUGGUCAGGUGGCGUGGUAUAAUCCAUAUCAAGGUCUGACGAUGUUACACUACAAUCCGGUCGACAGCCGUUUAUACUUUUUCGACGAUCGACGUUUGCUCAGUGUUAAUGUGCGAAUGGACGAAGAAGAACCGGAUUACGAAGACUAA